CCAUGGCCGAAUGCCCCUGGCGCGCCCCUUUCGAAAACGCGCACUGCGCCAUCUUCCAGUUCUCCACCCUCGACAAUGGUGCCCCGCGCGUCCGCUCACACGUCCUCCGCGACACCCUCGCCCCCUCCUCCCCUCCGCACUCCGCCCACCCCAUCCUCGUAUCCACGACCGACGUGCGCACCCCCAAGGUCACGCAGCUCGCCCAAUCCAACCGCGUUGAGGCUGUCUUUUGGGCGGCCAACACCAACGAGCAAUACCGCAUCCGCGGGCGCGCGCACGUCUUCCCGCAUCGCAGCCUCGGUGGCGCGCUGCACGAGAAGAGCAGCGUGUUCGCGCAGCUCAAGGCGGAAGGCUUUGAUUGGGAAGCGAAGCGCAAGGAGGUGUUCGACGCGCUGAAGCCCGACAUGCGCGCGUCGUGGGCGCGCCCCACGCCCGGCUCGCCGCUGCUGAACCUGGAGGACGCGGAGAAGUGGCCGAGGGAGCUGCCCACGCUGGAGGACGCACAGGACGAGGAGACGCGGGCGCGGGUCAAGGAGGCGUAUGCGAACUAUGCGCUGUUAAUCAUCGAGCCGGAGCAGGUGGACUUUUGCGAGCUUGGGGUUGUGCCUAAUCAACGCACGAUCUUUACACGCACGGAAGAGGGAUGGGAUGCACAGAGGGUUGUGCCCUGAGGAUACCUUGACAUCGCUCAAGGUUUGGUUAUCUGAUAGAUGAGUGUACAGUAUUACCAGGGCUCGUUUUCAAUUUCAAUGUACGUUAUGUUGUGAGUUGACUGUCCGUUCCGCUGCACGCGUCGUAGCAUCUACCUACUCGUACACUUUGAGCAAAGUCCAAAGGGAAACACCCACAACUCAGCAGGUGCCAAUUAGUUCGAAUCCACUGUCCAGCUCCCCGUCGUACCUUCGCCUUCAAACCUUCACUCUCUUCGCUGUGCCCUCUUCGACCUCCUCGCCCUCCCCGUCCGCAUCCGCUUCCUCGUCUCCCUCGCUUAUCUCCUCGACGGUCCGCUUCGUGCGAGUCGCCACCGUCUCCUCCACGACACUACCAUCUUCGUCUGUGAUCGUUGUGGUCGUAGUCGCGGUGGUGGUCGUGAUGACGGGCGCGUCGCCCUCUGUAUACUCCUCGUCUUCUUCUUCUUCCUCUUCAACUAGAGCAGUCGGUGCGCCAUUACCGCCGAGGAGCAGCGCCGUGAGGUUGUUUUGUCCGUUCACAGCGUCCACCUCCCCAUACGCAUCUUCAUCCUCGUCGUACUCCUCCUCUUCCUCCUCCUCCUCUUCGCCUACCUCGUACGACUCCUCUUCUUCGCCCUCGAUCUCGUAAAUGUCGCUCUCCUCGUCCGACUCCCCGCUCUCCUCGUUGACAAGCCCCUCGAGCCGCGGGUCGACGGGUGCGUUCGCGUUCGCGGGCAUGGUGAUGGUGAUGGUCGUGGCGGUGUUCAAGUGGUGUUGGUGUUUGGUGGUAGUGUGAUGGGUUCCUUGGUACGUAUGGUAGUACUAGUGUGGCGGUGGACGGAUGUGCUGAGCGAGGGAAGUGGGCUUUUGCUUAGGAAGCGAGCAAGGUUGGCGUUGCUGUGUGCACGCCCGUGUGUAUUUUAGGACUGAAGGCCCUCGGGCGGGAUCGUAACGGUGCGGAUGCGAGGACCAAGUGUUAUGUUGGCUGGUACUGAUACUGGAUACUACUGGGAUGAAGCUACCAGCAAACAAAGAAGAUUAAUCAAAUCUCGGGCAAGAAAAGCUAAGAAUCGCAGCACCUGAAUCCCUAGCUACAGAGCAGGCAGAAACCGGAGACGAGAGUUGGGCGUGAGGCGGCGGGAAAGCAACCAGCGGUCACGGUCACGGUCAACGCGGGGUACCACGCUACGCACGUUCGUUCGUUCGUUCGCUCACCUGAGUUGCUCGCUUUAGCUCCUGCUUUAGCCGAAAGGUACCUGCAGUGCGCUGUGAAAACCUGGUGGGCGGUGCCAGAGCGUGAGCCUGAGUAUGUGCGCUGUG